AUGCUCGGCGUAGCAGGAAAGAUCCCCGGCAGCCCAUGGGCGACUCUUGGUCUAGGCCCGUACCUCGGAUUUGACUCCUUCUGGAAAUAUCGUGAGGGCAUUCAGGCAGAGGACGAGGCGGAUUUCCAGGCAGAUUGUCGGCGCAUGAAACGCGAUGCACUGAAGACCGCCCAUAUUGUGAUCGGGACACCCGCGGGCAUUACCGAUCCCAGCAUUCUCACAUGCCUGCAUCCCUCCUUUGUCGCUGUUGAUGAGGCCUCCAUGAUCCAAUGCAUGAGCACAGCUGGAUUUAUGGCAACAUUCUUCACUCAUCAGCGACGGAUGACCGGCGAUAUUCACAGUCUGUCAUCUGAUCUGUUUUACGGUGACAAAGAGAUGAAAAGCGACGCCCCCGACCCAGACAAUAAGGCCCGAAGCCUGGCAUUAUGGAACCAAGAGCAGCACAGUGUCCAUUCAAAUGCUCUGAUGCUAGAUAUACCAUGGACCAGCGAAAGUUGCAUCGGCACAUCGUUUGAAAACCCGGGAAACCGCGAAGUCGUCUUGGGUCUGGUUCGCAAGAUCGUAGGCGAUGGUUUAUUUGAAGCCAAGGACAUUGUUGUCUUGGUGGGUUAUGAGGCGCAAUGGCGCCAAUACGUCAAGGACCUGCGCGCACUGGCGGAGACUGAUCCAAGUGUGCCAUGGGGCAACGUUCGAGCAACCAAGAUCGACGCGAUGCAAGGCAAUGAAGCGAACAUCAUCAUUUUCGAUUAUGUUCGUACCGCAAAGCAACACGAAUUCAUGAAAUCCUUCCGCCGGUUGAACGUUGCUUGCAGCCGUGGCAGAUUUGGUUUCUACCUUGUCGCUUCCGCUGCCAGUUUGAACGGAAGGGGGCGAGACGGCCUGAAAGCCCCCGGUAAAUUGUACAAGUGGUUCGAAACUCGGAAAGCCAUAGUCACAGUGAAUACACCCGCUCAUGUCACUGCCAUUGAUGAUGAUAAUUGA